GUUCCCAAAUAAACCCAUAUAAUCACGUAGGUCUUUAGUAGGACGUUGAACCCCGUCAAUCACAAACAAACUUGAAUUGAGAAGUCCAGUGCUGCUAAUAUGGCCCCCAGCCCAAUAGUAGCAAAGAACGCCACCACAUCUACUACCGUAUUUUUUCCUUCUCUUGUUUUGUUAUUUCCCCGCAGCACUUGAUUCGUCUCAGCAUGAACAGAUGAAUGUGUGUUUUGAUAGCAUAGCUAAAAGAAAAAGAAAAUAUGGGAACAGGGCAAAAACAGCGCACGCAAAAGCAACGUCGACUUGCCCCUGUGCCAUCUUCGCCUGAUUUUCAUUCGUACGUGUUGUGAUGUAAACACAUUGUCGUACCAUUGUCCCGGCAAACACCUCUUCGCGUGAGUGACGUUCGGCGUGUUAAUUGGCCCGACCGCACCUUCGCAGUGGCCAUGCAGUUCGUGAUAGGCUACACACGGAUCGUGCAGUCAACUAAGCUCGCCUUCACCAAGAUCUACAUCGGAGUUUGGCCCAUCGUCUUGCUCUCUUCGGCUGAGGCAGUCGAGGUCCUGAUGAAAAGCAACACGCUUCUGGACAAAGCCCUACUCUAUGGCCUGAUGAAUUCAUGGCUUGGCACCGGACUGCUCACCAGCCCGAAACGCAAGUGGCGUGCCCGGCGCAAACUUCUCACGCCGGCCUUCCACUUCAAGCUGCUGGAUGACUUCGUGCCAGUCAUGGUGGAGCACUCUCGCGCAUUCUCGAAGCGCCUGCGCGCGCUCUCGCAGCAGCACCGGCAGGCGCCGAUCGACGUGGUGCCGCUCGUGUCAUGCUGCACGCUGGACGUCAUCUGCGAGACUGCCAUGGGAGUUUCCGUGAACGCCCAGGAAGACGGUGAAGCUCCGUAUGUCAAAGCAAUUAAAGUCGUGUCCGGAUCCUUCCUGGAGCGCUUUGCAACCCCUUGGAAGUGGGUCGACGCCUUCUUCUUCACCAACCCUACGGGGUGGAAUGUUAAACGAAACGUCAAAUACCUGCACAACUUCACCGAACGG